AAGCACAAUAGUCUAAUUGUAAUAAACGGUCAAUAUAGGAGCGAACAACGGUUGAAAAAUAUAUACAGUUAUAAAAAAUUUCAAUAAACUUCAAAACAAUUCAUAUUAUAUGAAUUAAAAAUUUGCAUUUAAAAUUCUUUUUGGAUUAAAUUAAAUAUAAAAAAAUGAUAUUAAAAAGAUCUUUAAAGCCACAUCUAGGCUUUAUACUAUUAAUAUUAACUUUUAUACCAGAAACCUUAUCGAUUUCUAUUCUACAACUGGUUGGAUCUAUUUCAGCGAGUAAAGACGUCAUUAGUGUAGUCAAUGAAGCAACAACGGAUUUUUCAGAGUGCUGGUAUACAGUGGAAAAUAAUAGUCAAGAAUCUCAAAGUAAUUUAUUACAGAUUUUAAAACUUUUCACUGAACUUAAUAAUGAUAUAAAUGUUAUCGAGAAAAAGCAUUCUGUUAAUAAUAAUUUUAUUAAUUUACAAUUGUUGGCAAAAUCGAAAGACUUUAUAAAUACAACACAUAAUGUGGCGCAGCGUUUUAAAGAAUUCCAACAAUUUUUAGUGCAUAAUAUUAACUUGGACCCCACAACAUUGUUAACAUUUGCCGAAUGGACUGUAGCACCAAAUGGCUUCGCUGUCCAACAUUUAAUGGAUAAUUGGCAUAGGAAAAUUUUCGAUCAAAAUGAUCAAGAGAGCAAUAAACUUUACUCUAAUCUUUUUGAAUUUUUGGUGUCAAGUUAUAAGAAAGAAGAAAAAUGUUUGAAUCAACAAUCUACCCAACAAUUUAUAUAUUCUCUAUACACGUAUAUUGCAUUAACGGAACUUAAAGCCUAUACCCUGCUAGAAGUAUCAUGGUUAAUCUUAAGUGUGUAUAACAAGGGAAAUUUCUCACAAGAAGCCGAAAUUAUGCGUAAAAAUUAUGAAAAACGUUCGGAGCAAACAGGGCGCCAAUUAUACAAAUUAAUGCAAAAAGCUGAUCGCAUGGUUUGGCGUUGUGAUCCUGAGCGUUAUAUUGAGGGUGAAACUUAUGAACGGGUGACACGUCUAUUACAGGCUUAUAUUGAGAAUGAAGUUGAUAUGAGUUCUAGUCGUGAUUGUAUGCAAUCAUGUUCGGCUUAUGGACGCACAAGCAAUGUGGGUUGUUAUAUGGAUCAGUUUUGUGCCAAACAGGAACGUUGUUCGGGUCAAAUACAUGAUUGUUAUUAUGCUAGUGGCUAUAUAACAGCAUGUCCUUCGGCAUUUGAAAGUCUUCGACGAUAUGAAUACCUAAAGUAUAAUGGCCAAACUAUUGGUAAGCAAGCUCACUGUCAGCGUGGUGAAUCAGAGGCAAAUUCGUGGAUGCGUUAUGUAGUAUGGGAGUGUAGUUAUUGUAUAUGCUUUUGUGAUGAUCAGAACAGCAUUAAAACGGAUCGUUAUUUUAAUUUACGAGAAACUCUUUCAAAUAUCGAUGACAAUAAAGUUGUAACCGGUUUACGUUUUACUAAAGUAAAUCGUGUAUUUCAUUUGCAAAUACAAGAGGGACAACUUAUGCCCAGAGGUAUGAUAAAUGAAUCAACUUUGACCUGGAAACCAGUAGAUAACUAUACAAUCUACGAAAGAGGAGUUCUUCAGAAUCAAGAUUAUUUCACCUUAACUUAUGAUGCUCGUUCCAUUGAUUUGGAUAAUAUAGAAACCUAUGAUGAAAAUUAUGUGGUAACGGGUGUACGUUUUCAGGUGGUGGGAGCACAUUUGAAUUUACAAGCCAGAUUAAGUAAAUUUAAUUAUGCUAGUGGUCAAUUGGUAAAUCCCAAAGAAAUUAGUUAUUGGAAAAUUAAUGACAUCAGUGAGUUCAGAAGAAACGAAAUUGUUUUACGUGAUGGUGAUAUACCCAUUCAUUCUACUGGCAAAUCUGAACCGAAUUUUGGACCAAAUCAAUAUUUGAAAUUUUCCGUUUCUAGUUUAGAAAAAGAUGUUUCUCAAACUAAUAUACCCUUUAUAGAUAUACAAGAUGUCGUUUCUAAACCUCCAGUGCCUUUGGCUGGUAUUGGUAUCUAUUACAAAGGUGAACAAGGUUAUGGGGGAUUUUUAGCUCCGAAGAUUAUAACUUAUGAUUUUGCUCCUCGUUUACAAACAUUAGGGUAAAUUCCAAUUUUUUAUAUCCUUUAAAUACUAAUGUUGUAAAGUAAAAUAAAAAAGAGAAUUAAAGUUUAGAUUUUGUAAAAAAUAAUGUUAAUGUUUCAAUACGUCAAUAAAAAUUUCAAGCUUUA